GGGAUCUCGUGCACCACACACUCGCUAGCCUGACACUCCGCAGGCCGGGUGGGACGUCGCUGCUGCUCUUAGGUCAUCGGUGUCCCGUGUGACCUGCUUGGGCGGACGAGAUGGGCGUCGAAGUGGGAGCGGCGAGCAGCUUGCUGUUCCUGGGGCUGGCCUGCUCGCUCCAGCUCGUCACAGAUGCAUCAAGUCUGCAGCGGUCCCUGCAGACUUAUCCCGUGGCCAGCCAGGGUUUGUCCUUCCAGUCAGCGUCCUAUGGCACAGGGCCCUCCUACCAGUCUUCCGCCCAAGGGUACUCCAGCCUGGACCCCUUCUGCGGCGCUCCUGACGGCCUCUUCCCCCACGACUGGGACUGUCAGCAGUUCUUCUCGUGCUCCAACGGCCGGGGGUGCCUCUUGACGUGUCCGCGCGGCACAAUCUUCCACAGGGUGCUCAAUGUGUGUGUGUGGCCCCACCAGGCCUCGUGCGUGAAGAAGCCAGGUUCUGUGCCGUCCACCUGGCCGCCGCUGAAGAAGUGCUCUGAGAUCCAGGCAGGUGGUAGUCAAGCUCCACCGAAGCCGCCUAAGCCACCUGUUCCCCCAACUCCACCUCGGCCGCCUCUCCCACCCCCUACGCAGCCGCCACCCCCACCCCCCAGGCCACCGACUCCCCCUAUUCCACCCCGACCCCCAACGACACCUCCGCCGCCGCCGCCGCCGCCGACAACCCCUCGUCCUACAACUGCCCGCCCGCCCACCACUAGCCGCCCGCCUACCGCUCCGCCUCCUCCGCCCUCGUCGACUGCACGACCGCCUUACCCUACUCCUCCACGCCCGUCGUCGACCUCACGACCACCUUACCCCAUCACGCUGCCUCCCCGCCCACACCCAACGACCCCCCGACCCAUUUUCCCCAUAACUCCCUACCCUUGUCCUUGCGCGACGCAGCCCACGCACCCUAUCAACGUCCACCCGCCUAAGCCUGUCGAUCCAGGGCAAAUCCCUCAGCCAAUAGGCGUGGGACGACCUCCUCAGCCCAUAGGAGUGCCCCCUCAGCCUGUAGAUCCAGGACAGCAUCCUCACCCCGUAGGCAUAGGACGACCCCCUCACCCCGUGGAUCCAGAACGACCCCCUCACCCCGUGGAUCCAGGACGACCCCCUCACCCCGUGGAUCCAGGACGACCCCCUCACCCCGUGGAUCCAGGAAGACCCCCUCAACCUGCCGGUCAAGGACGACCUCCUCACCCCAUUGAUCCUGCACGACCACCUCACCCUGUAGAUCCAGGACGACCCCCUCAUCCCAUCGAUCCAGGACGACCCCCUAUCGAUAUACAGUUUCCUGAGCCUGUACAUCCAGGACGACCCCCUCAUCCCAUCGACCCAGGACGACCCCCUCACCCCGUGGAUCCAGGACGACCCCCUCACCCCGUGGAUCCAGGACGACCACCUCACCCUGUAGAUCCAGGACGACCCCCUCAUCCCAUCGAUCCAGGACGACCCCCUCAUCCCAUCGACCCAGGACGACCCCCUCACCCCGUGGAUCCAGGACGACCACCUCACCCUGUAGAUCCAGGACGACCCCCUCAUCCCAUCGACCCAGGACGACCCCCUCAUCCCAUCGAUCCAGGACGACCCCCUCAUCCCAUCGAUCCAGGACGACCCCCUCAUCCCGUUGAUCCAGGACGACCCCCUCAUCCCAUCGAUCCAGGACGACCCCCUCAUCCCAUCGACCCAGGACGACCCCCUCAUCCCAUCGAUCCAGGACGACCCCCUCAUCCCAUCGACCCAGGACGACCCCCUCACCCCGUGGAUCCAGGACGACCCCCUCACCCCGUGGAUCCAGGACGACCCCCUCACCCCGUGGAUCCAGGACGACCCCCUCACCCCGUGGAUCCAGGACGACCCCCUCAUCCCAUCGACCCAGGACGACCCCCUCAUCCCGUUGAUCCAGGACGACCCCCUCAUCCCAUCGAUCCAGGACGACCCCCUAUCGAUAUACAGUUUCCUGAGCCUGUACAUCCAGAACGACCUCCUCACCCCGUGGAUCCAGGACAGCAUCCCCACCCCGUAGGCAUAGGACGACCCCCUCACCCCGUGGAUCCAGGACGACCCCCUCACCCCGUGGAUCCAGGACGACCCCCUCACCCCGUAGAUCCAGGACGACCCCCUAUCGAUAUACAGUUUCCUGAGCCUGUACAUCCAGGACGACCACCUCACCCCGUGGAUCCAGGACGACCCCCUCAUCCCAUCGACCCAGGACGACCCCCUCACCCCGUGGAUCCAGGACGACCCCCUCAUCCCAUCGAUCCAGGACGACCCCCUCAUCCCAUCGACCCAGGACGACCCCCUCAUCCCAUCGAUCCAGGACGACCCCCUCAUCCCAUCGACCCAGGACGACCCCCUCACCCCGUAGAUCCAGGACGACCUCCUCAUCCCAUCGAUCCAGGACGACCUCCUCAUCCCGUAGAUCCAGGACGACCACCUCACCCUGUAGAUCCAGGACGACCCCCUAUCGAUAUACAGUUUCCUGAGCCUGUACAUCCAGGACGUCCCCCUCAUCCCGUGGAUCCAGGACGACCCCCUCACCCCGUGGAUCCAGGACGACCCCCUCAUCCCAUCGACCCAGGACGACCCCCUCAUCCCGUUGAUCCAGGACGACCCCCUCAUCCCAUCGACCCAGGACGACCCCCUCACCCCGUGGAUCCAGGACGACCCCCUCAUCCCAUCGAUCCAGGACGACCCCCUCAUCCCAUCGACCCAGGACGACCCCCUCACCCCGUGGAUCCAGGACGACCCCCUCAUCCCAUCGACCCAGGACGACCCCCUCACCCCGUGGAUCCAGGACGACCUCCUCAUCCCAUAGUCCAACCUCCCCCAGUGCCUCCACACCCGUUCCCUCCCUCGCCCGUGUGCCUCUUCCCUCCCCACCUGUGCACCCCCCGGCCCCCCAUCCCCCGCCCCCCUCCCAUUGACCAGUUCCCCCCGUCCGUGCCCGAACCCACCGACGUGCCCACCCACCCGACCAUCCCCCCUUCGGUAAUCGACACUCUGGGGGGCUCAUCGGAGUGUUGUGAAUGCAAAGACGACGACGACGACGACGAUGACAGAUAUCGGUCGAAUCUAGUUUUAUCGCCGAACCAGCUGGGAGACAGGUCCCCCGUGGUGGUCGUGGUGGGCAACCCUGGCACCAACGACCUGGACUGGCUCUCACGGAUUCUCCAGUAUGGCAAAUAGAUUAAGACACAUGUGGGUCGAUCUGCCUCCCCAACGUCUCAUCGCUAAGGAAAAUGAGAUGAACGGUUGUGAUUUAGUGAAGGGAAAGCAUAAAGGUUAGGAAGGGGGAUAGCGGAGUCACAUGCUAAUCAUUUGGGCAUUUUCUCAUGACACUGAGUUGGGGGAUUCACACCAGUAUUCCAAGGGCCCUGGCUCUGAAAGAAACUGGAGUUCAAUCUCUCUUGCGCGCUUGUUAUUAUGUACAUUUCCAUUUGAUAGCGUAAUCUUAAAUAAUGCAUUCAUACCAAGGGUGUAACAGGUGUGUCAUAUCUUCAUUUUCAUGUUAUUAAUUUUACUCUUUUGCCAAAGUUUGUGGCAUUAAAAGACUUUUUUUUUAACUAACACUCAACUAACUGCAACCGAAGGAGCAGUUUGUUAAGACUAUAUGUAGAGUUUUUGUGCACACGCUGAGAGAACUCACAUUCCAAUAUGCUUUUAAAAUUCAGUGACAUCUAACUACCGAGUAUGGAGUUAAGGCGCAUGUCACUAUUUAUUUCUAAGAUUUCUUGAUCAAAAAAGGACAAACUAACUUUGCUAUAUGAAAGGCUGUAGCCCCGCAAAUCUUUUCGAAAUGAUUAAGCUUCCAAAAGUAUUCCCAGAUAAGAAAUAAUCCCAUGUAAGGAGCUUAACGAAUGUGGCAUUACAGGUGUUUCUACAUUGUUGGUAUUGCGAUAACAAUUCUUGUUAGUAUGAUAAUCACAAACUGUAAUGUCUCUGUUGGCUAUUGCUUACUGAUAAUCGACAUAUCAAAUUGUGUACUGUCCGAUGUAAUUAUGUCGCUUUGUUUACAUUUAAUAAUAAAGAGUAAUAAUAAAC